AUGUCGAUGCAGGACUUAGCUCGGUUCUGGUUACCCAGAUACAUACCGAAUAUAGACUAUAUGUUCUCUUGGUUGAAGGCCCAACGGAUGCUGUCAAUGGUCGCAGUCGUAGGGCACGACCCGGAAGGAUACGAACUUGGGAGACGCGCCCUUGUUGUACACGGUCACUUCCUCGACGGUCACUUCGGCCACGAGGUUUGCCUUGUUGGACUCCACGAUCUCAGUGGUUUGGCCCUCGAACACGACCUUGCCCAGCACGGCAGACACGCUUCGGGAUCAUGCGAGUACUUGGACACACUGAAACCCGAGAUCUGUACUGUUCCCGACUCGAAGGACUUGGGCAGGUUGAACGAACCCUUGACGUCGAUGUCGGGUACGCCGUAG